AUGACAAUUACUAUAAACAAUUAUAAUAAUGACAAAAAAAAUCUUAUUUUAGGAUUGACUGGUAGUGUGGCUACAAUUAAAGCUAAAUUAUUAGUUGAACAAUUGAUUCAACAUUUUAAUUUAAUUGUAAUACCAACAGAAACUUCUUUAAAAUUCUUAUCAGAUCAAGACUUUGAAUUUAUUUCUUCAAAAUGUAAAAUAUAUAAAGAUAAAGAUGAAUGGGAAAAUGUAGAUUUAUUAAAAAGAAGUGCUCUUCAUAUUGAUUUAAGAAAUUGGGCAAAUUCAAUAUUAAUAUCACCAUGUUCAGCAAAUACACUUGGUAAAAUUUCAAAUGGGUUAUGUGAUAAUUUAUUAACUUCAUUAAUUAGGGCAUGGGAUUAUAAGAAUAAAUCCAUGAUUUUAGCACCCGCAAUGAAUACUAUGAUGUGGGAGAAUCCAUUCACUUUUAAACAUAUUGAAACUUUAAAAUCAAUUUCUCCAAAUGUUUUUAUAAUUGAUCCAAUUGAAAAGAAAUUAUUUUGUGGUGAUAUUGGUAUGGGUGCAAUGGAACAAGUACCUAAAAUCGUUGAUUUUACAAUAAAUAAUUUAAAAUAA